UUUGGCGCUUGCUUGACUUGGAUUCAAUAUGACCCAAAGGAUUACUUCAUGUUCUGUUUCCGAAGUACCUGAACGUUUAUGCACUUCUUCCAUGGACGCACUACGAAUCUCACCGUUUGCUGAUACGCUUUCCAACAAAACUGGCGAUGUAUGCAGAAUAGAGCACACUCAGUUCGGUGAAGUUUAUAUUUGUAGAGUGUGUAAUGUGAAAUGCACCGGUAAGGCGCCAUUUUCCCAGCAUAUAUCUGGAUCACAUCAUAGAAAAAACUGCAAUGCCAAUACCUAUUUCUGUAACGAGUGCAAUACAAACCUUAAUUCUUCUGAACAAUAUACCCUACAUUGCAGUGGAUCAAAGCAUAUGCGAAAUAUAAUUUCUUCUUCUGACAAUUCUAUGUCUGAACAGUUUGGAGUUGAGCAACAAUUCAAUAAAAGCAAUAAUGUUCCUUACUUCUGCAUACCUUGUGGUCUUAGUUGCUCUUCCAAAGAGCAAUUGGAUUCUCAUUUCUUAGGUAAAAAACAUAAGAAGCAGUGUAAAAAAUAUAAGCCAUCUGUAUCAGGUCAGCUGUCGGGGUACGUUUUGAAUGAACAGUCAAAUCAACCGAUUGGUCAACCUGACUUUUUCUCUUCAAUGCCUGCUUUAUUCAAUACAGCUAGUGAGAAUUCGCCAAACUUUUGGUUUCCAAAGUUGGUUCCUUGUAUAAAAAAUAUCAUAGAGCUGGAGUCCAAAUUGACACUGACAAAUAACUUUUCUCCGUUUUUGGCUUCAGUCACUCCGUGUUCAUAUCAAGAACAAACAGAUUCGAAGAGUGAUCUUUCACCCAAUCAGCAGGGUAGUGGCGACUCUUCUGAGCCCAAACAGUUUUGUAGACACGGUGAAUGUAUUCUGAUGAGGUCAUUACAGUUUUAUGAAGGUGAUUUAAAUACAAGAGUUGGUAAUCCUGGAUGAUUGGCCUAUUAAAUAUUUUUUGGGAUUAUAAAUGUCCUCAUGAUAACUAUAUAUUAUUAUUUUUUUCUGUACAGAGUCAUUAUAACGCAUUUUACUUAUCUUCUAAUACACUAUUGAUAAAUAUUGAUGAUGAUAUAUGUUGCGCUUAAAACAUUUAAUAUUGUUAGUUUUUAAUUCAAUCUAUAUACCAACGCACUUUUGAUACUUGGUAAGUUAUUUAUCAAACUAAAUUGUAGUAAUUGGCCAUCUUAAAUGAGUUGAAUUUGUACUAGAAACUUAAUGAAACUCCUGCUUAGUUAUUUUAACUGGUCGGAUAAGAUUUCCUGGUGAAUAACAUAUGUUGGUCGUCAUUGUAGCACUUUUUCAUCGAUUCAUUCCUUUAUUUAUACCUAAUUGGCACCUAAUAAGAAGAACUAGAGUUCUAAAUUUUGAAAAUAAAAGCAAUAAAAUCUCAGUUUUUGUCUCUAAAACAUUAAAUAUUCGGGUGAGAUUAUACUUUUUGUCAAAAUGAGUGGUUGCCUACGCAAUAUUUUAAUUUGUUUCCCCAACUGGCAAUUAGAACCCUAGUUAAAUGAAACGAUUAUAUUUGUAUGAUUUAUACUUUGAAAUUCAUGUAAUUAUAUGCACAGAAUACGAGACCAUACCUCAACAUAAAUAAUAAAUCAUAACAUAUGCAAAACUAAGACAUCUUUGGUUCAAAAUUGUAUAAUAAGUUGGUGCUUAAUCCAGUGUGACCUAAACACAGGAAAAGAUAUGUCAUUAGCUAAUUGCUCAAAUAGGAGCUUGCAAUUAGGUCAAAAUCAAAAUGUCGUAGUCAGUUUUCUUACAACUACCUUUGAAAAUAUAUAAAGCAGUUUAUCGGAAAGUAUCUUCCAAGCUGCCCAUUUUCACGUCUCUCAUCCAUAAUAAAUGCCUAGUAAGUAUAUUUUUUGGGGAUUACAAAGUGUUAGUUCAAUUGUUCAUAUUUGCAUUAGUACCUAACUAAAUUGUAGUUAGUGAUAAUCGGUAACGCACCAAGAACCAUGCAACCGUUAGAAGUUGAAAUGCAACAUGAAGUUCUAAACUAUACCCAUUAAGGUUUAUUGUCAGUUAUCUUAAACCACUGCAUUGUCAAGCGGAGUGUAAAUUGCUCAAAUUGGUGUCACUUCACAGUCGUGUUGGUAUAGUCUUUAGUAUCGGUUGAAAAUAACGUGUUGGUUUUUAUAUUAUGUUGGACGCUUUUGAUAUCAUGCAGUGAAUUACAUGUUCGACACUAUUGUAUUUCAAAAGAGAAUUUGUAAUCCUCAGUUUUGCAAGUAUUAGAAAAAUUGACUUGUUUUUUAAAGUAACAUCUGCAUUUAAUACUCAAACCUGUUUUUAUACAAAUUUAGCAACGUAACGUAAUGGACACUAUGAUCCUAAAUUGACCAAAUAAAUGAGUACAUUAGUUCACUUUGAAAUAAGAGGAGGGUGUGAUUAGCUUAAUCUUCAAACGGUUAUUAAUAAUUUAGGUCAGUUUCACAAAGGAAGUAACUUAUGUUCUCCAAUACAGUUGUAAUUCGUACCUAAAACAUGCGCGCUAUUUAAAAAGGACAGUGGUAUUUUUCCUCGCUGAGUAAAUUUUGUUUUAAUCGUUUAUUACGUAUCAAGACUACUGUUUUCACUUUAAUUGAAUUUAUUUCAGUUAAAGUAUUCGACUAGAGUAUCGUUUUUACUGUUCUCUCAAUUAGUUUUGUCGUUGGUACUCUGGAGUACCUCUUUUUCAACUGUAUCUGUUAGUACUUUUGGUCCUAGCAAUCUACAGCUCUUCACUUUUUUGGUCAUUGGUUAUUUUUUUGUUUCUGAGUAUCAUCGCAUCUUGAAAAAGAACCCCUCCUAAAUGACCGGACAGUGUGCAAAAAGCAGUUGCCAACGUCCGGGUUGUCGUUAUCCUAUUGAAAGCGGCAUGCAGUGCGACGAGUGCAAAGGCUGGUACCACGAAGUUUGCACGAACUUAACGCCUGCUGCUUUCAAACGGUUCAGUAAGAAGGGUUGUGUAUGGCUUUGUCAACAGUGCUGCUCGGAUGCAAACAGCUUGUUAACCGAGGCCAUCUCGCUGGUUGGUGUUGCAAAGAAGUGUUUUAGCAAGCAUAGUCGGAACGCGUCAAACAGCGCUCGAUCUGUCGACACGCAAAUCAACGUGAAGGAAACUAAGGUUAGUCCGAUGAUAGAUGACUCACGCCCGCCAAAGAAGGAAAAGCAGUCUCCAAAGGCGCCUGCCUUAAACAAAAGCUCAAGAAAAGUAGGGUCUUCUGUUCUCCGUCUCUCAGAUGGGAUCCAACAGGAAACACCUAGAAGCCGCAAUCGCAAGGUUCGAUCGGUUUCAAGAGGUAAACAUAACCCGACCUCUCAGGUCGUCGACAACCCCCCAAAAUCCAACACUAGGUUUGACGCAACUGUUAUUGCUUCUACCAGCACCGUUGACGAAUAGGUACAGGUUGUAAGGAAGAAAAGUAGGGAUAUAUAAAGGAACCCUGCCCCCGUGAAAGUAGUUGAAAAGUCGAAAGCUCAUCAUGGCGACAGAUCAGCUAUUUUUCAUAGAAUCAAGGACAGCGAGAGCUCUGAACCUAAAGCUCGUUUUGAGCAUGACAUUGUACUGAUUAGGCAGCUGCUUAAUCAACUCAUGCCUCAAAAUAUGACCGGAGUCACCUUGCUAAAGGUGUACAGAUUAGGGAGUCUAGCGGACUCGAAGCCAAAUAAUUCCAGAAUGCUUAAUGUAGUAUUCGGCUCUUCAAACGGACGUGACCUAAUUUUACAGAAUGGACACAAAUUAAAGGGUUCAGGAGUCUUUAUGCGAAAGGACCUACCGUUGGCAGAGUAGCUCUAUUCAUUAGGAAUGCUAUUGUAGUGGCAAAUAAAUCCCUAAAAUAAAUAGCCCUGUAAGUUUCCGACACUGGAUGCUGACCAUUAUCGAUAGUGUAUCCCAUGAGAGUGGGACGUGUGAAUUAGUUAGUCUUCGCUUGAAAUGCAAUGGACAAGAGCUGCUUAUUGGUUUGGUCUAUCGCAGUCCAAGCUGUGAGGCAAAUGCGAUCCUGUUAAGCAGUCUCAAUACUUGGUCCCAAAGUGGUCGAUGUCUAAUCCUAGGGGGCUUCAAUGCACCUAUGGUAGACUGGGAAAAUCUGCGAACUAAAUCGUCGAAGAAUUCUUUCGAGCAGGAACUAGUUGAUGGGGUUAUCAUAUGUGCUCUAGUGCAACAUGUGAAAGAAGCGACAAGGUACGAUCCGGACACGGAAUCACCCUUAUUAGAUUUUAUACUGACUCACGACGAGGAUGAUGUUGCGAUCCUCCAGCAUAUGCCACCUUUACGUAAAAGUGACCACGCACUUCUAACUUUCGACUUCCAUAUAACUGCCACUCACGAGCACGCGUCAGUCCAGACUCAACGUCUGGAAAGCAAACAUACCAGACAUCAUGCACUCAGCAUCGUUAAUAGAUUUGACAAUAGAACCGGAGUCCUCAAUUGAAACGGCCUGAGACGCAUUUCGAAAUUCAUACUUAAAAGUUACCACACCUCACAUCCCUUGGACUAUACCAAAGGGGCCGAAAAACUCACCACCAUGGCUCAGUAGAGAGGUCCGUAUCCUUCUCCGUAAGAAAAGGAAGGUGUGGGAUAGAUUUAGGUUACUGAGGACUGAUGAGUCAAAAUCUCAGUAUCGAAAGGCUCGGAAUACUUGUGCCUCGACCCCCCGUAAGUCUAGAAAAUUGUACGAAGGAAAACUUGUUAAGGAAUCCAUAGAAUGUCCUAAACGUUUGUAUGCCUAUAUAAACCAAAGGACAAGGAGAAAAGGAAAUAUUUCUUCUCUAUGGGGAGACAGUACUGCCUCAUCAUUUAUGGAAGACGACUUUGGUAAGGCUCAAAUGUUCUCGAACUACUUUAGCAACGUAUAUACCAUAGAAAUGCCCUUCUCGUCAGUGUAUGCAGAUCCCUCCAUACAUACACUGGAUAGCGUGACCAUUAAAGAAAUCAAUGUCUUUGGUCUGCUAAAUAAGCUUGACAUAGGUAAAUCCACGGGGCCCGAUGAAUUACAUCCUAGGCUACUGAAGGAAUUAUCUAACUUCGUUGCAAGCCCUUUGAGUACAUGCUUUAACCUAUCCGUUACGCAGGGUCGUUUACCAAAAGACUGGAAAAACGCCAUAGUAAGUCCUGUUUUCAAAACAGGUACAAAAAACAAACCUGAGAACUACUGCCCUGUUAGCCUAACUAGUGUGGUUGUUAAAAUCUUAGAAAAGAUUAUUCGGAAGGAGCUGUUUAAAUAUCUCGAUAAAAACUGUAUCCUCUCGGAGAAGCAACACGACUUCAGAAUAGGUUAUUCUUGUCUCACUAACUUGUUAGUGGCUCGUGAAAGGUGAUGCGCUCUUAAGGACCAAAAGCUACCAGUAGACCUAGCCUUCAUUGAUUUCAGUAAAGCUUUUGACAAAGUUUCACACAACCGGCUGUUAUAUAAUUUAAGAAAAGUCGGGAUCGGAGGCAAUUUAUUGAUGUGGAUAAAAGAUUUAUUAAUUCGGCGUCAACAAAGAGUAAGGGUGAACUCAAAGUUAUCUAGCUGGGAAACUGUGCCUAGUGGAGUGCCCCAGAGUACAGUUCUGGGGACAGUGCUAUUCUUCUUGUAUGUAAAUGACCUUUCUCGUCUCCUAUCAUCAUCGGGCUUGCUACAUGCUGACGAUGUCAAGAUAUGGAGAACGAUACGAUGUAAGAGUGAUAGCUUAGAACUUCAAAAUGACCUGAAGAAGUUAUCUGAAUAGUUUCAAACCUGGCAGUUGCCGAUAAAUACUUCCAAGUGUGUUGUGACACAUAUUGGUCAUCAAGGUACAGAUACAUACAUGAUGAAUAACACUGAGCUACCUGUCGUCCAGACAUAUAAUGACUUAGGAGUUAUCCUUAGUCAAGACCUAAAGACUACUGCACACUGCCGUGCAAUAGCCACCAAAGGUCUUAGGACCUUAUGGUCAAUGUGUAGGGCUUUAAGUCAUGUCGACGCCAAGACGUUUUUGACUUUGUACACAGUGUUCGUACGUCCUAAACUUGAGUACUGCAUACAAGCGGCCAGCCUCUGCUUAAAAAAAAGAAAGUGAGCUUCUGGAAAAGGUUCAGAGAACAGCGACUAAACUGAUUCCCGUAAUAGCGAAGCUUCCGUGUGAGGCUCGACUGGCCAAGCUGAACCUUUUCCCGUUGUCAUAUCGCAGAACUAGAGGCGACUUGAUUACAGUCUUCAAAUUGCUUAGUGAUAAAUUUGCACCUGAUAUGCCCUCAUUUUUCUUGUCUUCCAAAACAGAGAAUUUACGAGGACACUCCAAAAAAGUUCACAAGCCCAGAACAAAUUACUUGUCAGCUGACUACCGACUUUCCCACCGAAUCAUCAACGAGUGGAAUUCAUUACCUCAGCACGUGGUUGAGGCUCCAUCCGUCGACUCUUUCAAAAGAAAGUUGAAUCAACUGAGAGACCACCAUUGCCAGGACUAAUACAAGCCAUCAAGCCUCCUAUCCUUCCCAUACUGACCACCUCUCCGCUUUUUUUACAACCAGUUCCAGCGUCAGCACAUGAUGCACAUGAUGUUGAGUUCUCUGGGACGACUUUCGUAGUACAUGUCCAACUCACCAAAUUCGAUGUUUCAAGAU